UCAAUUAAUCAUUAACGCUUUGAAUCUUUACAUACCUUUUAAAGUUAAAGUUAAUUCGAUUAAUUUUUUCUUUUAUUUAGUCGUAAAUUCUUGUUUAACUUCUUAAAUGCAUUCAUGGAUGAUAAUACAAAACGUUUGCCACGAUGGUGGUCGGGAGGAGUCUGUUCAGCCUUAGCUGUAACCACAACCCAUCCACUGGACUUGGUGAAGGUGCAACUGCAGACACAGGUUCAGAAAAUUCCCGUAACGGAACUGAUAGGCAAUAUAUACAGAUCAGAUGGAAUAUUGGGCUUCUAUGGGGGCAUCUCGGCCUCGUGGUUCCGUCAGUUAACCUAUACGACAACCCGUUUUGCCCUCUACGAGCAUGGCAAGCAGUAUGUGGAUGCCAAUAAUGCUAGUGCCAAAGUGCAAUUGGCCACCUUUGCUGGUAUAUGUGGUGGAAUUGUGGGUGUUCCGGGCGAUGUGGUGACCGUGAGAUUGCAAAAUGAUAGUAAACUGCCACCCGAGAGUAGACGCAAUUAUAAACAUGUGUUUGAUGGCUUGUAUCGCAUUCAAAAGGAGGAGGGAAUCCGGAGUCUCUUUCGUGGUGCUAUUCCGGCAGUCACACGAUCCGUUCUCCUGACCAUUGGCACCAAUGCGGCCUAUGAUCAAAUCAAACAGGUCAUCAAGGAUUUCAGGCAUAUGGAAGAUGGCCUGCCAUUGCAUUUUCUCACCGCAUCGGUGGCCGGUUGCAUUGGAACACUUAUGACCCAACCCAUUGAUGUGGUCAAGACAAAGUAUAUGAACGCCAAGCCAGGUGAAUUUAAAAAUUUAGGUGGCGUCAUUGUGAGUGUGGCCAAACAAGGUCCUUUGGCAUUUUACAAGGGUUUCGUUCCGGCCUUAAUGCGAGUUAGCCCUAAUACGAUUAUAACCUUCAUGUUGUACGAGCAGGCACGUCUUCGAUUUGGCUACUUUCCUCAGGAAUCUGAGGACAAAAAGAAGCAACACUAAUUGCCAUAAAAAUUGGAAAUAUAUCAAAAAUUUGUUUGUA